AUGCAAUCACCUCAUGAACAGCUACAUUUUCUAAGAUACCCUGUUAGCGCUGAGUACAACGAAUUUAUAUCCCAACACGAACAAGAACUACAAAAGUACCACAACAAGAAUAACAAGAACAACAAGAACACCAUCAUGGUCGGCGCUGCUUCAAAGUCUGGCAGCAGCAUGCUCGGUGGACGCGGAAAAGAGGCCGAGCAGAAGUCAACAUACUCGGUUGAACAAGACAUCCAAGACCAUGGCGAAAACCUCGUCGCCGGCGUUAUCGGCAAAACCGGCGAGGUGGUAGACGAGACUGGCAAGACUGUCGGCAAAGUUACAGAAGGCGAGGCCGGAGAGCUUGUCGGCAACGUUGUCACCGCGACUGGUGACAUCAUCGGCAAGGACGGCGGCGUCAUCGGCAAGGCUCUUCCCCUUGGCGAGUUGACCGAGGGUGGUGAGAGUAAGGAGGGCGGCGGUGGCUUCAGCAUCAUGGGUGCCACCAAGGGCGUCAAGGGUAUUGUCGACACCGUUGACGGCACCGUUCAGACUGUCAACCGCACAUUACCGCUUGUCGGUGACCUGACAAGAGGCAUCGGCUUGGGUGAAGGACAAGGCGGCGUCCUCGGCGGCGUUCUUGGUGGUGGCCAAGACGAGAAGGGAUCCCAAGGUGGACUUCUCGGCGGUAUUACCGGAGCGCUUGGUGGUGGCCAGUCUGAGAAGGGUGGAUCGGAACAAAACCCUCUUGGAAGCAUUCUUGGAGGUGUUCUCGGCCAGAGCCAGAGCGGCGGCCCUCUCGGUGUCCUCGGAGGCAACGAGCCUUUGGAGCGUGACCAGUCUGUUACCGACAAGGACGAGAAGCUCACAGAGUUGCUUGCCCAACAAAAGUCCGAGGCUGGCGACAAGGCUUCCGUGACCGAGAACGCCAAGCAAAACCUCUUCGAAGUCAACGACACGACUUCAGAGGUUGCACCCAUCGACUUGAAGGAUGCCGAAAAAUCGCAAGCAGACGACGGUAAGCCCACAACUGGCGGCGAAAACACCCAGACAGACACUGAAGAUUCCCAAGGCGACAAGACAGAUCUGACGGAGCAAUCAACCACCGACGGCAAGGACGAUUUGCAAGAGGUGGAUGCCGAACCCAUUGACGAGCAAACCGAGGGUGCUGAGACCGUCAAGGACGAUGCGACGGAGAAGGCCGGCACUGUUCCUGACGACAUUGCUACCCUCGACGUUCCCGUUUCGCAAAUCCCUGACGACCUGAAGAGCGAGCUUCCCGAGGACCUUCAAACAGCCGACAUUCCUGUUUCCCAGAUCCCAUUUGACGCUCAGUCGAAGCUUCCCACCGAUUUGGCUUCGAAGCUUCCGUCAAACCUUGGCUCUGCAAUCCCUGAAGAGGGCGAAGAGGCUAAGUCUGGCACUGAAACACCCAAGGACACUACUACCGAGGACUGGGCCAAUCUGCAGAACCCUGCGAACCAGUCCCAGGUCCCCGAGGAUGCUCAAACUGGCGAGUUCCCCAAGACCGAGGGAGCUGAGGAUGCGGUCGAGGGUGCUGAGGAUACCGCGGAGGACGCAAAGACGGGUGAUGUCCCUGACAUUGACGUUACCGCUGCUUCCGACUCCGCCCCCAAAUCCACAGUCAAGGACGAUAUCAAGAGUGUUCUGAGCACCGUCCGCUCCGCGAUUCCCGAGGACCAGCGUACCGUCACCGUUGCAGGUGACAAACUUCUCCAACCAUUUGAGAAGUUCCCCGGUGCCGAAAUUGACGAUGAGGGCAAGGUCAUCUUCGACAACGCCUCUAUCGGCCGUAUCGCCGAGGGUGACCCCGCAGAUCUCGUCGGCAUGACCAUUGAUGCCGAGGGCAAUGUCAUCAACGAGCGUGGCAGCAUUGUUGGCAAGGCCGAACUCAAGUCCGAGGUUGCCGACGAGCUUCUCAAGGACACAAUCGACUUUUCUAUCCUGAAGGGCGCCAAGGUCAACAAGGCCGGCAACCUCAUCAACGACAAAGGUGAGGCUGUCGGUCGCAUCGUUUCCGGCAUUCUGAAGCACCUUGUCGGCCGCAAGGCUGAUGAGCGCGGCGAGAUUUGGAACGAUGCAGGCAAGGUCAUUGGAAAGGCCGAGCCCAUCCCCGAGACUGAGCGUGAGGAACUUGCCGAACCCGCCCCCUUCGAAGACUUCCCAGGUGCCACUGUCGAAUCCAACGGCCAUGUCCUCUACAACGGAGACAUUGUCGGGCGUGUCAUCGAGGGAGACGCGAAGAAGCUCAAGGGCAAAAAGGUCGACGACGAGGGUGACAUUCUCGACAAGAGUGGCAACGCCAUCGGCAAAGCUGAACGUUGGGAGCCCGAGUCUGAGCCUGAGCCUGAACCCGAGGCACCGGUUGUUGUCGACAACUCGGCUCUUGCCGGCAAGCGUGUCAACAAGGCUGGCAACGUUGUCGACAAGGACGGCACCAUCUAUGGCCGCAUUGUCGAGGGAGAUGUUAAGAAGCUGAUUGGCCGCAUGUGCGACAAGGAGGGCAAUGUUCGCAGCGAGUCGGGCGACAUCAUCGGCCGCGCUGAGCUCAUCCCCGAGAGCGACCGCGAAGGUGCCAAGGAAGGACCUUUCGCGGAGCUUCCUGGUUGCACCGUCGCCAAGGACGGCACCAUUGUCACUCCUUCCGGUGACAUUGUCGGUCGUCUUGUUCAGGGUGAUGCGAAGACACUUUUUGGACGCCCCAUCGAUGAGGAUGGUGACAUCCUUGACCGAAACGGCAACCUUCUCGGCAAGGCCGAGCGCUGGGAGCCCGAAGCCGCACCCGAGAGGGAGAAGGGUCCCAUGGAAGGGCGAAAGGUCAACCGCAGUGGUGAAGUCGUCGACGCUGAUGGCGAUGUCAUUGGCAAGCUCACCUCGGGCGAGGUCAAGGCAUGCGCUGGCAAAAUCAUCAAUGAGGACAACGAUGUCGUCGACUCUAAGGGACGCAUUGUUGGCCACGUCGAGCUGCUCGAGGACAUUCCUGAGCCCAAGGGCCCCUUGGAAGGCAAGACCGUCAACAAGAAGGGAGAGGUUGUCAGCGACUCUGGCGAAUUGAUCGGCAAGCUCACGACCGGCGACAUCAGCGUUUGUGCUGGCAAGAAGAUCAACGAGGACAACGAUGUUGUCGACUCCAAGGACCGUGUUGUUGGACACGUCACGCUACUUGAGGACCUUCCUGAGAAGAAGGGUCCCAUGGAGGGACGCCGCGUCAACCGCCAGGGUGAGGUUGUUGAUGAAGAUGGAAACGUCAUCGGCAAGCUCACCACGGGCGAGGUGUCUAUCUGCUCCGGCAAGGAGAUCAACAGCGACAACGACGUGAUCGACUCCAAGGACCGUGUUGUUGGACACGUUUCCCUGCUCGAGGACAUUCCUGAGCCCGAGGUGGAGGAAGAGGAGGUUGAGACGGAAGAGCAGAAGAAGGCUCGUGAGGAGGCCGAGGCUGAUGCCAAACUCGCCAGAAGCCUUGGUGGCCUCAUCGAGCAGGGACUUGACCGUCUCCGCCCUAUCUGCAAGAUGAUUACGCAGAAGAUUGAGGCUGCUGAGCGCAAGCCCAAGGAGGAGCGUGACGAGGAGCAGCUUGUCAAGGACGUCAAGCCUCUUAUUGAAGAGGGAGGCAAGAUUCUGACCGAGUUGAACGGCAGCGUUCGCGCCUUGGACCCUGAUGGUCGCAUCCAGCAGAACGCUAAGGCCAAGGCUCAGACUCGUGAGGCCACUCCGGAGGAGCAUCAUCUGGCCGAGGUUCUCAAGGAGUUGACUGGUACCAUUACCGAGACGGUCGAGGGUGCGAAGCGCAAGAUCGAGGACAUGCCCCACGCCAAGUCGGAGCUCAACCCUCUGUGGGGUCUGCUCACUGAGCCUCUGUUCCAGAUUCUGGCAGCCGUUGGUCUGCUUUUGACCGGUGUCCUCAACCUUGUCGGCCGCCUUCUCAACGGCCUUGGUCUCGGCAAGAUUGUCGAUGGCCUCCUCGGCACGCUGGGUCUCAACCGCCUUCUCGACGGCCUUGGCCUCGGCAGCUUGACCGCUGCUCUCGGUGGCAAGAAGAAGAAAUGA